AUGUUCGUAAAUAACGGUGAGAGAGAUAGAAAAGGUGAGAGAGAAGGGCAGCAGCGGAGGAAGCCUAUCGAUUUUGGAGAGAGCAAUUCCAGAGAUUUCGACAAGGAUCGAGGAGAGGAAGAGGAUAGGAGAAAGGAGAAGAGGAGGGAUUUGUCUAGGUUUUUAUUUCAGAUAUCGGCUCCAAGAAUUCCAGUUUUCCUCGUCUCUAAUCGAUUAAAGAUAUUGAUUGAUGCUUUUAGUGGUAGUUUGAACUUGGAGACUUGGAACAGAUUGUUUUCACAAAGAGGAUUGUUGCAAAAGCUGGAGACUUGGUUGAGGCUGUUUCCAGAAGAUGAUGAAAUCAUAUUCUUUCUUGGGUUCAGAAUGGAUGGCUCUAUGUCAAUGGUUCAUUGCGGUGCCGUUUGUACUGCAUGGCGUUUGCUUCUCACUGAUCCCCAGCUUUGGCAUACAAUUGACUUAUCCUCCAUGAAAUCUAAUUUCAUCGACACCCGUGGCCAUCCCUAUGUUUAUGUUACUGAAAAGUCGGAUUUGAUAUUGAAUUGCUUUCUGAAGAGUGCAACAAGUCAUAGCAAGGGGUGCACAACCCGCUUGAUUUUGCAUCCCAACUUGUACCUGCCUAAUGAUCUCUUCACUUACGCUGCUGAAAGAUCCCCGAAGCUGAAAAGACUGGUGAUGCCGGCAUGGAACAGAAUAGAUAAAGAUGGAAUCCGCAUGGCCAUUGCUUGUUGGAAAGACCUUGAGUCCCUCACAAUAGAGUACAUUAGCGACGGGAUCUUUUCAUAUCUCAUCCACGAGAUUUCAAACAACUGCAAGAAUUUCAGAGAGCUGAAGUUGAUGACAGCUUCUGACUCUCAGAUAACUUCAAUAGUGAAUGCUAGUCUAAAGCUGAAAGUUUUGAGCCUCCGAUGCUCGAAUGUCUUACAGGAGCAUUUGACUGCUAUAUUGGAUCGUUUUUGUGAUCUGGAAGUUCUUAAUAUAUCACAUUGCCGUGUGAUGGAAGCUCUACGUCCAGAUCGACCAGAUGGAAGAAGGGUCCUUUCAGAACUUGAUCCAUUGAUUCUUGAAAAAGUUUCUAGGUUGAAAAAGUUGAAAAAGUUUAUGACUUGCAUGCCAUUUGAUGGUUGGUGCAUCAUGUGCGAUAGGGCCAGAAACGACGAGGGGUACAUGAAGUGGUACAAAUAUGAACCAGAGCUAUGGAAACAAGAUGAGCUCUGGAAAAGAGUCUUCAACUUAAUUAAGCUAGCAUGGCCGGAAUCCGCAACGCCAUUGCUUCAUGGAAACACCUCGAGUUCCUUACAAUAG